ACUUGUCCUAAUCCACCAAAACGAAGUGUCAGUCUAUCACGUAAACAACUUCAAACAUCAACAACACCAACAAAUAUAAAUAAUGAGAAUAAUAACAAUGAAAAUGGUAUCGAAAGUGAAGAGGCAAACUUAGAAGCUACUGGAGAAAAUGAGUCAAAUUCAUUUAUGUCAAAUAAAUCAAAUCAUCAAAUGGAUUUAAUUACAGAUAUAUCACAGACAUUACACGAUCUGCAUAAUGAUUUUAUGGAUACGCAUAAGUCUUAUGAUAAAGUACAUUCAGCUACACUUGAACGUUUACCUUCAGCAUCAUCUUCAGCAAAAUUAGAUCUUGAAUCUUUACCACCUGGAUCAUCUUUAACUCUACCAGCGAAUUCAUCGAAUUCAUCGAGUAAUCCACGUUCUGCUUUGAAAAGUGCUGAUAGAACUGGUCCAAAAGUCAAUAAACAUCUACGCUUUACAACUCUUACUAUCAUUGCCUUAAUGUUCAUGAUAGUUAUUGUAAUAGGAAAUCCAAAUAGUGAAGAGUCAGCGGAUCGGAGCAGGCAAUACAAAAUUUCUUCAUCAAAUGAUUAUUCUGAAAAAAUUAUCAAAUGGAAUGUGAUUAAAGCUAACAUCUAUCAAAAAUCUGCAUCUUUAAACCCGUCGACAUUGAAUAAAGAAUCUAAAGCGACUACAAAGAAUACAGCAGCACCACCACCAACAACAAAUCCAAAGGCUUUCGGAUCUUCUAUCUCAACAUCUCCAUUUGUACGUGUAACAAUUUGGUUACCGAAAAAAAUGAUACCUGCAGGUGAAAUGAAUCAUGAUGAGUCUUCUAGUUUAAACAAAGAUAAAAAAUCGCCGAAUUUAACACCUCAAACUAUACAACUAUGGUUAAAUCAAACCAGUGGUACUGAAGUUCGAAUAGCUGAACCGAUCAAACGAAAUUCAAUUCAUAUUUAUGAUGUGGUUGAUACACGUCAUAUUCUUGGUACACGAAUCUGUCGUCAACGUUAUGCCUGUGAACAUUCUUGUGAUCCAGGAGCUGGACAUGCUUGUAUCUGUCAGCGUGGUUAUCGUUUGGCUGGACCAAAAGAUAGAGCACGUUUAGCAUCUAUGGGAGAUCGCAUUGGUAAUGUAGCCCUGGAAAAUGUACAAGGUCGAGUAUGUUUAGAUAUUGAUGAAUGCGAUAAACCUCAUCUUCGUCGAGAAUGUGCUCGUUUAGGAGGUGUAUGCACAAAUCGUCCUGGAGAUUACGCGUGUCUGUGUCCAACUGGUCAACCGUGUAUGAGUAAGUACGCUGGUUCUUUGAAUUUUUUUUCACUUCGUCUAACCAUAAUUAUCCUGUGGCUGCAAUUUGUUGUCAGUAAUUCACAGACUUUUGUGUUACUACAUAAAAAGUUAUACACAUGUAGAAUUGUUUGCUAUGUA